AUGGACGUCAGCAACGCAUCUUCCAAUAUUUGCUUGCUGGACCUCGUGAGUUUUGGCAAAGGGCUGGGAAACCGGGGCCUGAUUUACCCGGACACCGAACCUCUCCCCGUCGGCACGUUUCCACUCCUCCGAUUCGACGGCUCCAUUGUGACCAAGACAGCCCGUGAAAUCAAGGUCGUGGACAGGAGCCACCUUUACCCUGGCAUGGCGGUCGGCUCGACGUCGGACUUGGGCGGCCAAAUGGGCGUCGUCACCGGGGUCACCACCGUGGUCGACCUAGUCAAGCUCGACGGCCGCGGCGAGCUGACGGAGGUCGUCAGGGGCGUGUCCCCGCGUGAUCUGCGGCGUGUCAGGAGGCUAAACAUUGGCGACUUUGUGGUGUCCGGGCCAUGGCUCGGUCGGGUCGUCGAGGCGUCCGUGGACGUCGACGUGUUGUUCGAACAAGACGGGUCCGUGUGCAGGGUCGCCGACGCGAAGCCCGAGACGCUGAAUAUACUGGCGGCGACGCAUGUCCAUUACCGCCCUAUGAUGAACGUCGCCUUCCACCCUGGCCAGCUCGUGAUCGGCGACCCCCGUGCCGUCUUCAAGGCCUCCAGGUGGCUCCGCGGUUGCUGGAAGCCCGGCCGUGAAGUUGGCCUGGUGGCCAAGGUGGACGUUUCGGGCGUUCUCGUCUCCUGGAUCGCGUCCAAGAUGCACGGCGCCGGCUUCCUCGUCCAGGCAUCCGCUCCUCCGGCUGCCUACAUGCAGAACCCAGACGACCUGACCUUGUUAUGCGCCGCACUGGACUGCAGCUGGGGCGUAGCCGACCGCUGCUACUUGCGUGCUCCAGCUGCUUCUUCGGAUCAUGGCCCUGCUGCAUCAUCCCCUUGUUUUGCUCACCGCCGUCACCUGCAGGAGGCGCCGCAAACACACGGCACAUGUCCAGACGAGCAACAGGAUAGUGAACCAUCGGCUCUCGCUCAUCAUGUGGAUGUGGUGCCUCUACGAGCAAAGACGAAGAGGUUGUACUACCUAGGGAAGCAGCUCAGCUGCAAGGUUUUCUGCAAUGGACGACGGCACAGCCGUCGACGGACGCGGCGCCGUGAAACCAUCAGGAGGCCGAGGUCGUACCCGGAGCCGGAGCCGGAGCUGCCCAUGAUCGUCGCGAGCACCCGUACCUCCGUCGACGUGCUGUGGCAGGACGGCACGCUGCAGCGUGGCACGCCGUCGGCGUCCGUCGUGGAGUGCGAGAACGGGCACGAGUUCUUCCCGGGGCAGCACGUCAUCGACAAUUCUUCAGCUCCUCAUGUGGAUGGCGCUGAAUCGACGGGACGUGUCGGCGUCGUUAGAAGCAUGGAUUACAAGGACCAGACCGUGCGUGUCUCAUGGUUCAAGGCUGCGUCUGCUUGCCCCGAAGAUGUCACCGUGAGCGCGUACGAUCUCGAAACCGGCCCUGACCGCCCGGCUUACUAUGGAGAUGUCGUCGUUCGACGGCUUCUUCCGUCAGGAUCAACCGACGACGGAAGUUCACGAGUAGAGCCACCGGUCUCCGCGGAGGACCUUUCAUGGGUCGGGCGUGUUGUUGACCUUGUCGACGAUGGCCACGCCGUCCGAGUCAGGUGGGGCGACGGUAGCAUGUCAACGGUGUUACACCAUGAGAUCAGUGUGGUCCACAAACAGAGCGACGCCUGGGUCGCAAUGGGCGAUUGGGUGGAGGACGACGGCAUCGAUGCACCUGAAGAACCGGUUGCUACCAACGCGGACAAUGAUCCACCGAACUUAGCCGACGCUGCAACAGAGGCCAUCACGGCUGCUGCGACAAGAAAUGAUGCGGGAGACAAUGUUGGCGGCCAAGAUUCCGCCGAGGAGGGGAAGAAGGCUCUGGAUACUAUCUGCGAUGACGGGUUGUUCCGUUUCGCACAGUUUGAUGUGAUAAAGAGCCCUCCGGAUCAUCAUUAUUUUGACACCACGAACAAGGGCGGUAGUUCCGGAAAGAAUUGGGCCAAGAGAGUGCACAAGGAAUGGCAAAUAUUACAGAACCAUAUACCAGAAACCAUCUAUGUGCGGGCGUACGAGGACCGUAUGGACCUGCUCCGGGUGGCGAUAGUAGGCGCGAGCGGGACGCCGUACCAUGACGGGCUCUUCUUCUUUGACUUGCAAUUGCCUCCAUCGUACCCAGCCGUUCCACCUCAGGUGUACUACCAUUCGUUCGGCCUAAGCCUCAACCCCAACCUAUACGCCUCCGGCACAGUGUGCCUAAGCCUGCUUGACACCUUUGGUGGCGGCGAGGACACCGAGGUCUGGCUGCCGACCACGUCGAGCCUCCUCCAGGUCGUCGUCUCUAUCCAGGGUCUAGUCUUAACGGACCAGCCAUACUACAACGAGGCCGGGCACGAAACCCUGAUGGGCACACCGGAAGGCCACCGCAAGGCGUUGCCCUACAACGAGAAUGCCUACCUGCUCACCCUCCGGACCGCGCUCCAACUGCUGCGCCGGCCGCCCCGAGGCUUUGAGGGGUUCGUCAGGGAUCACUUCCGCAGCAAGGGUAGGUUCAUGCUGAGGGCGUGCAAGGAGUACUUGGGGGCGUGUGUUGUUGCCACUCUCGGGAGCAUGGCGGAGCGUCCGUGCUCUGCAGGGUUAAGGCUUGCACUCGCCAACUUGGUGCCCAGCCUCGCGGCAGCAUUCAAGGAGAUCGGUGCCGAGGGAUGCAGCGAGUUCCAACAACUCUAA